GUUCUAACAUAACCUUAUUUUGUUUGUAUUCUUUUCUGAAAUCUUGAAAUCCUUUUUUUUUUUAGUUUUUUAAAAUAAAAGUUCAAAAAUAAGAUGAAUUAUAAAAAUACCUACAUUUCCAGUAAUUGUAAUCAAACUCCAACAGCAGCCGAUUGCAACAGGAAUGAUAUAAUUGCCUAUGGCUCUUGCAAUGCUGUUUCCUUGUACGAUUUAAAUUUAGGAAGUGGAGGCAAAGUAACCCACACACUUGUUGGACACGGCAAACGUGUAAACUCUGUCCGUUGGAUUAGAGGAGACUCGUCUGAUUCCCAAAAACUAGUUUCAGGUGCUACAGAUGGAAGUUUGAUAGUUUGGUCUCCGAAUAAUAACAAGUACUUUGCUGCCUAUUUAAAAGAUGAAGAGUUUCAAAAGAAUUUAGGUGUGAAUAUUGUAGAUGGUUAUCAGCACAAAGGAAAAACAAUUAUUUGCAGUGCGGCCAUAGAAUCAUGCUCUUUGAGAAUAUGGGUACUGGAAAAAGAUUCUACAGAAUUUAUGUUAAGACAAUCUUUCUUGUGGGGCACCAAGUCCAACCCAAGUCUAUGUGUUGGCUUAAGAAUAGGUAUUUUGCCAAAAGAAAAUAAACUAAUUAUAGCUUGUGCUUUGGACAAUUCAAAAAUUCAAAUUAUAUUGCAAAACGAGGAAAAUAAUUGGAUUAAGUAUACCACGCUUAGUGGCCAUGAGGAUUGGGUUAGAGGAUUGGAUUUUACUGUUAAUGAAUCAGGAGAUUUAUUAUUAGCCUCUUGUUCGCAAGAUGGUUCUUUAAGAUUAUGGUGCAUUUUGAGUACCAAAGAUAAUGAAAAUAAAGACUUUCCGUAUAAGAUUCUUUUAGAAUCUGUGUUAAAUGGGCACGAGGGAUGGGUAUACUCUGUUAAUUGGAGUCCAACAAAUAUGCAACUUUUGUCUGCCUCAAUUGAUAAAACAAUGAUUAUUUGGGAAUUCGAUAAGGAAUCAGGUUUAUGGUUGGAAAGUAUGAGAGUUGGAGAAGUAGGCGGUAACACUUUAGGAUUUUACGGUGGAUGUUUCAACUCAACCGCUGACAGAAUAAUAGCUUACAGCUAUCAUGGAGCUUUUCAUAUUUGGACAAAAGGGGAAAAUGGGCGCUGGCUUCCAGAUGUUACUGUUGGAGGUCAUUUUGGAGCGGUUGUUGAUUUGGCUUGGGAACCACAAGGAGACUUUUUAUAUUCGGUUAGCGUUGAUCAAACUGCACGCAUCCAUGGGCCGUGGCAGAAAGAGAAUAAAGAGAUAACUUGGCAUGAAAUUGCCAGACCCCAAGUCCACGGUUACGAUUUAAGUUCUAUGGCAGUAAUAUCAAGAUAUAAAUACGCCUCAAGUGCAGAAGAAAAAAUUGUAAGAACCUUUGAAGCUCCGACAAUAUUUAUCGAUAAUAUGAAAAGAUUAUGUCGCAUAAGUGAAGGUGGAGACACCACUUCCGACAUGCCUAAAGGUGCUUCAGUGCCGUCUCUAGGUCUAUCAAACAAAGCAGUAUUUAUCGAUGAUAAUUUAGAAGACACUGUGGGAAUGGAUAAAAAUAAUCAUUUUCCUGAAGAAUCUCAUUUUGUGGCGCAAAUAUUGACAGAGCCACCUACUGAGGAAACUUUGUUGCAAAAUACUCUAUGGCCCGAAAUUCAGAAGCUGUACGGACAUGGUUAUGAGGUUAUUUCAUUGGCAGCUUCAAGUGACGGAAAUUUUUUAGCUUCAGCGUGCAAAUCUACAAAGCUAGAACAUGCGGCAAUUUUUAUUUGGAACACUUCCACCUGGCAAGAAAUUCAACGCCUAAUCUCGCACACCCUGACAGUAGUUCAAAUGCAAUUCUCUCCAGAUUCUCAGAACUUAUUGUCAGUAUCACGUGACAGACGUUGGUCUAUGUUUUCCAAAAACUCCCAAAACAAAUUCGAGCUUGUCGCCACCACCGACAAACACACUUCUGUACACACGAGGAUCAUUUGGACUUGUGCUUGGACUCACGACUCAAAAUAUUUCGCUACUGGUUCUAGAGAUGGUAAAUUAGUAAUGUGGACAAAGAAUGCGGACAAAGAGUUUGUGAAACCUUUGGGGCAAUAUGAAAAAACUAAUGCUGUACAGUAUCCGGGUCAAUCGGUGACAGCUGUUGCGUUUGGACCGGAUUUUGUAAAUGGGGGAUAUUUGUGUGCUGCAGGAUUUGAAGAUGGAAAAAUUGAAGUACUUAUAAUUAAACACCAUUCAGAAUGUAAUGUUAUGCUUAAUUUGGACACAAGUGCGGCACAUCAUUUGACUGUACGGAAGUUGGCUUUUAGGCCGAAAUUCGGACGAGCUGGUGAGAAAGAAGAGAACAAACAAGUGCUACAAUUAUCCAGUUGUAGCUCUGAUAUGUCUGGAAAGCGAAUCUUGAAAAUGCCUCCACCCAAAGUAAAACUACACAAAAAUUCUGGCAAAGCUCGUCCUGGACCUUCACAACUGCAGCCAACCUCUAUCAGUCAAUUGGUAGAAUCACCACCGAGCGUCAUGACGAAGGAGCAAGAGGAACAAUUUCAACUCGAACUGUACUGGUGCAUUAAGCAGUUACAGACAGCCCUGGCCACAGAUAAAUUAUCAAACAAACAAAUUAUAGAACACACGAGAUCGCUGAACACAUUAAUGAGCAUCAAUGCCCCACUGAUUAAAAAAAGGCAAGUGAUGAGAUUGUGCUUUGGCGAUUACCGAUCGAAAAUGCUUGAAGAAGAAAAGAAAACUAAAAAAAUGUCCAUAAAAGUUGGUGAGAGCAAACCUAGCAGCAAAUCGCUAUUUUUCAGGAAAGCUGUAUUUAGUAAUGGAGAAAAUGAGUUUAAAUUUGAUUUUCCUUGUAACUCUAGUAGUAUAGAAAAAGAUGAUUUAUGUAAAGAAGAACAACAAAUAAUUAUAUCAAACAAUUUAGUGCCAAAUAAUACUGUAACAUUUGCUAAAUCUGAUAAUAGUUUUAGAUUUAACUUUCUCAACGACAGUUAAUAUAAUUUAUUUCAGAUAACUCGA